UUUUACAGGAGGCGUGGGAACUGCAUGAGAUCGCGGUUUGGCUCAGGGCUGAGUAAAACUCUCGAUAGUUGACGUCGUCUGGUCGGAGUUGUUUUGCGCCUCAAGAUUUAGAUGAGCUGGCGUGCAGUUUCCUUGCCGACGGAACGAGCUCCCGGGCUCGCUCGCACUUGCUGCGAGUUAGUUAACUCACUUCUCUUAGAAAAUGCGUUCAUUUAACAGGACACUGUACCGAUCGAACUUGUUCACGAGGCGAAACACAAGUUGAGAGGGGAAACGCGCAUGCGUUGGCCCAGGAACUCCUUUUAUCAGAAGUUUGUUUCGCUCUUGGGGAGACAGUCACCUGGAGGGUCGGGAGAAGUACUUCCUAGAGCGUGAUCGGUUCCAAAGAGCAGAGUGCCCUUCUUUACAAAAGACUCUAAUUUAGCCAAAAGUGUGAUCCUUCGUUGGAGAAAGGUCUCUGUACAACACUCCAAGAAGCUGAUAUGAACGUAGCGAAGGUUGGAGAAACCCCUCUGGAUCUCAAUCAUCCUUUUUAUGAUGUGGCAAGGCAUGGAAUAGUCCAGAUAGCAGGUGAUGAUAAUUAUGGAAGGAAACUGGUUAUUUUUAGCUGCUGUCGAAUGCCUCCUUCCCAUCAACUCAACCACCGGAAGUUGCUUGAGUACCUGAAGUACACACUGGAUCAGUAUGUCGAGAGUGAUUAUAUUCUGGUUUACUUUCACUACGGCCUGAAAAGCAGCAAUAAGCCAUCUUUAAGCUGGUUGCAGAAUGCCUACAAGGAAUUUGACAGAAAAUACAAGAAAAAUCUCAAAGCUCUUUAUGUUGUACAUCCAACAAACUUCAUCCGAGUUCUCUGGAAUAUUUUUAAGCCACUUAUAAGUCAUAAAUUUGGAAAGAAGGUUAUUUAUGUAAAUUACUUAAGUGAACUAAGAGAACAUCUCAACUAUGAUCAACUCAUCAUUCCCCCAGAAGUGAUCAGAUAUGAUGAAAAUCUGAGAGCAUCCCAAAAGGGAGGAAUGCCCCAACCAACAAGGACACCCCCUCCUCGACCUCCCCUUCCACAGCAGCAAUUUGGAGUUGAUCUACAGUACCUCCGAGAGAAAGGGAAUGGAGAACUUAUUCCUCUGGUAAUGAGGCAGACAGUGCAGUUCCUGAAGCAAAAUGCACUUCAAACUGAAGGAAUAUUUAGGCGAUCAGCAAGCAUCCAGGUCAUAAAGGAAAUCCAAAAACAAUAUAAUUUGGGAAAACCCAUCAAAUUUGAAGAAUAUGGAGAUGAACACAUUCCUGCUGUUAUCUUAAAAACUUUCCUCCGGGAGCUGCCACAGCCACUUCUAACCUCUCAGAUUUAUGAUCAAGUCCAAAGCAUUGGCACUGUUGAAAGUAGUCUACGUGUAACUCGCUGCAAACAAGUAAUGCAGAAACUUCCAGAACAUAACUACAUUGUUGUGAAGUAUUUGAUGUGCUUUCUUAACAUGGUAUCCCAGGAAAGCAUUUUUAAUAAAAUGAACCCCUCAAACCUGGCAUGUGUCUUUGGAGUGAAUCUUAUUUGGCCGCCAAAGGGACCUGCAACAUUGAAUGCCCUUCCCCCAAUAAACAUGUUUACCGAGUUACUUAUUGAGUACUAUGGUCAAGUUUUCAGCUCCAGGAUUUUGCCCAAUGAAGUGUUGCCAUAAAUGCACUUCAAAAACUACAAUUAGCCUUAGUAAGUGAACUGAUGUAAGUAGAGUUACAAAGUACUGUUAGAAAACUAAAUUCACAGGCAGUUUUAUACUACUUUUGUCAAUACACUGGUGACUGGAUAUCCCUCGGUGCCUGACCUUCAUUCACCACUUGCUGAUAACAGGGAUGCAGAAAAGAACAGAUGAUGAGAAAAUGGUUCAUUUUAAUCCUAAUUCCUCCUCAAACUUCACAUCUAUAAAAUAAGGAAUCUAAUGCAGAAAGACAUGAUUUUACGAUGGAAAGAUCAGCUUAUAUGCCAAGUUUUGCUUUUAAUGGUGUAAUACAAGAGGUAUAAACUGAAGAUCGGACUGGUGGUGUUCUUCCGGCGCUAUUAGUACAUGUGGUGUAAACAAUGAAAAGUAAGAAAGUGAAUAUUUAGAACAUGAUACUAAAAUGGAAAACCUACAAAGCCGAUAUAAUUGGUCUAUGGUGCACAAGGUAUUUUCGGAAAAUGGCUUCUGGAAUCGUAUCAGGAUUGAUGGCAGUUGUCUGUUUAUUGUUGUACAUUGGUGCUAUAUGAUGUCAUAGUUAUUUGAGCAUAAUAUUUUUUUUAGCUACUGAGAAGGGGCAAGACGACCAUAAUUAAGAAGUCCCAAGUGCAAGUCACUUGUUACUAGGGCAUCUAAUUGAAAUAUUUUGUAUUUUGGAUGAACAAGUGGUAAUACUUAUUGUGACUUCAGUAAAAAUUCCUCCACUUUCAUUGAAUAAUUUAAAGCAAAGAAAGUUUUCUCCUCCAUUGUUUUAUGCUAUAUUUUGCACUUUUAGUCUGUUUAGGACCUCCCUAGCCAACAGUACUAAAAGAUUUAAUUUUGCCAUUCUGGAAUCAUUGGUAUUGAGGUUGAGAUUAGCCAGUUUUCUUUACUUUGGAUUAUCACAGAUGUAAGAGAGGAAAACAUUUAAUUCAAUAAUAUUGGGUGCAGUUCAAUGCUAAGUUGGUGAUUGAGGGAAACCAGCCAACUUGAAUUGUAAAUUUGUGAUUUGAAAGGAAUUUGUAUUUUUUUGUCCAUUUUUAAAUAAAAUUCAGCAUAUGCUGGUUUAAAAUAUAGCAUGACUGAUUUUCUGAAUUUCAACAAACAAGUCAUUUUAUUCAAGGAAACAUAUCAAUGUUAUUGAUUGCUUUUCUGCUUGGGACAUGCUGAGUUCAUUUUUUUGCUACUGCUACAAACAGUAGCAAUUUAAAACCUAUGUUAUUUGGCAUUAUUGUGUAAACUACAAUUUGUACCAUCCAAGACAAAAAAAUGAUCUAGCCAGGAUACUGUCAAGGAAAGUCUUCAUAAGUCUUUUUCCCAGAAUAGAUAAUGUUAGAUUGCAGUGACAAAAAUAACUCAGACUAGUAGUUUAGUUCAAUAUAGACAUGAUCCUCAUGACAUUAUUUCCCUGUUGACCUUAACAAGCACAUGGAUCAUAUUUAGAAAGAAAUAAAUGCUGUAUAAGCUAAUAUCAAGAUACCCGAGACUUCUCAAUGGAAAAGAAACAUGUCAGAUCCUAACAGGAAUUUAGAAUUUCUCUAUUUAUAUUAAGAUGUUUAAUUAUUGCUCAGCGAAGAUAUUCUGUAGUUUAUUAACAGUUUUAAAGUUUAAUGUUUAUGAGCAUUUCAUUUUUUUGUAUUCAAUGAGGCUCUGUUAUAAAGUUCACUCUGCCUGACUGGGUCUCUGCUAUUGUUCUGAUGUUUUCUGUAUAAUCAAUAAACUGAUUUGCAAUUUAAAUUUUUACAUUACAAAAAGUGAUUAUUUUUCUUUAACAAGGAAUUAUGGAAAUGUAUUAAAUUAUGAAAUAAAGUUCUUUUCAAAUCUGG